UUCUUUAGUAAGGCUUGUUGACAGAACAGGAACAAGCACAGACAGUGCUCUCUUGGUUAAAAGGUUUAAAAUGGCUGAAUGUUCCCAUUCUCUUUAUUUUGAGGCUAGGCCUCUAACAGACAGAGAGAAGGAAAGGGUCAGGAGGUACUUUCAGAAAAGAAGAGACUCUGGGGGAGGCGAUUGUGGAGUUAUUGAAAAGGUUGGAGAUAACAUCUAUAAAGUCACCUUUAAUGAAAAAGAAGAUCAGGAAAGAGUUUUACAGAGAAAAACUCACAAAAUUAUUCUUCCUGGUGGAGAUUUACAUCUGACCGUGAGUCGCAGCAGUUCACCACAGGCCCUCGAUCAGCCAUCGACAAGCAAUUUGCAGACAACUACUAAACUCAGCAAGAAAACCCUAGAGAAGAUUUUCCCAACAGACAUCUUCCUCUUGUUCUACCUGAGAGACAAUCCUAAAGCGUUCAAAGUCCUGCAAAAGCAGCUCUCUGCAAUCGGCUGCACAGUGCGGCUAGAUUUUGAGGAAGAAGAGGCAGUAGUAAGUGGAGAUAUAGAGAAGGGGCUUGGGGGAGCUUUUGACGGUGCAGCAGAACACUGGGAACUCCAAGUGGAUAAGAUCUUCAUUAAUCUCAUUGAGAGCUACAGCUGCCAUCAUGUGCUUGAGCCCAAACAGGUCAAAAAGGUUCUGCAGGAUCCCUUCUUUGUCACUGAUGACGUAAAAGUUUACUCAGAGAGUGGUUAUGCUGUGAUGGUUGGGGAAGCUGACGUGGUAAAGGAGAAAAUUGCAGUUCUGGUGAAAAGCAUACCAGUAUGUAAGGAGCAGCGAGUUGUGGAGAAGCAGUUCAAACUUAUUGAAGAGGAUUUCAACAGAGAGAUGAGCACAUUUUACCCAGAGGUAAAAAUCAGCAGGAGAGUUAACAUGAUAAUUUUAGAAGGGCCUGAAGAGAAAGUACAGUCUGGAUCAACAAAACUUAACGAACUGAUAAUGAAGAUCCAAGAAAAGAAGGUGAAUCUUCCUGCAUAUUUAAUUGCCUUUAUGGCCAUCAGCAAUGCCAUCUCCAAGUACCAAACUCGGUUUCAACAAAGUCUAAGAAGUCCAGUUUACUUUGAGGUGGGAUCAGAGCUGCUUCUUUCUAGUUUGUCUUCAGAUGCCCUAAAUGAAGCUGAGACAACACUGCUGAGAGAUCUAAAUGUAUCAAGUGUGAAUCUUCAGGGUGCUGCAGCCAAACCUCCAGAUCUAGACCAACUCAAAGAAAUUAUUAUCAAAGCAAAGAAUGAAGCAAACCGUGGCGAGCACAGAGUGGAAGUUAGCUUUGUCCCUGGAUACAGUGGUACUCCAUCAAUUAAAGUACAGCUGGUGGGCUACACUGAACAAGUGAACAAGCUUAAAGAGCUUCUUCAUGACUAUCAGGCGAAUCAGGUAUCAGUUCAAGAUGUCCUCAGCCUGCAGUGUCCUGAACUAGUUGACUGCUUUGAUAAAAUCUUAGGAAUAAUUGGCAUGAAGCCGACUGAUGUGAAACUCUCACCCUCCCAUUUUCCAAACCCAUGUGUACUGUUGUCUGGACCCCGUUUGCGGGUUCAGGAGACAAAGCAGGCCCUUAUGGUCGCUCUGGCCAGCAUGACAUUUGACACAUUAGUCCUGGAUGGUCCUGGAGCUCUGCGAUACUUCCAAGGAGAAGGGAAAGAAAGCAAGGAGCUGGUUGAAAGUAAAUGCCAGGUGAUUAUUUGGGAACAGCAAAAAGUUAGCUCUCCAUCUGUGGCAGCCAGACAACUAAGCCUCAGCAGCAUCAGCAGUAUCACACCAAGACCCAGGAGUCGCACCAACAUGGUGGAACCUAAUGCGUACAGUGAUAUCAAUCUAGAAAUCAAGAUCUGCAGUUUAGAAGAUGAGCGGGUGAAUGUUUUGGUUGUCCCCACACAUGAUAACAACCUGUCUUCAACAAAUAUUGGGAAAUGUUUGCUAAAAAAAAGUGGAGACACAUUUCAAUUAAUGUUUGACACAUUGGUGCCAUUAUCUGGCCUUGCCCCUGGCGAUGUUCUUCAGGUUGGUGCCAGCGCAUCUCUGGGGUGCUCCAAAAUAUUCUGCAUUGAGUGCCUAUCUUGGGACAGAGCUGGAGGAAUGAGUGUGCAGGCUCUUGCAAAAGGGUUAAAAAGAUGCUUGGACCUUUGUGCAGAGAAGGGCUUCAGUUCAGUGGCCAUCCCUAUUAUUGGACCAGGUUUGCUCCUAAAAUACCCUUUGAGUGAAGCCGUUCAAGUUCUGACUGAAAGCAUUCGGCAGUUUGCAUUGUCUGGACGUUGCAAAAAUGUCAACAGCAUCCACAUCGUUAUUAAACCUGGCUACCCUGACUCAGAGAAGAACUACCAUGAAGUGUACAAACACCUCAGCUUAAUUAUGAACCAGGGAGGUCGAGCACUCUUCAGGUCCCUCACCAGUGACCUUGAUGAUAUCAAUAUAACUUUAAGAGGCGGCGCUAAACUUCAGUUUGUGUUUGGCGAUAUCACCAAUGAGACCACUGAUGCUGUAGUGAACACCACCGACUUUACUAAUUUUCACAAUGGUAGGUGACAAAUGCAGAGAGCCUGUC